GCGGUUAUUUUCAUAUAACCAACCACAAAUCCAUGAAACUGAGGCGCCAACGGCACGCGCGUUCGUAACAGCCUGCCAUCCCUUGAUCACUAGUGGAGCUGCCGCGAGCGUCCAUUGGCUGGAAGUUGAGGAGCGCGUGGCCCCCCACACGCAGCACAGUCAUGGCCGGCGCGGCCGCCGAGCGCCUGCGACUCGUGUACGGUCUGCUGGCCGUUCUCUACCUGGGCCUGUGCCUCGAUUUCUACCUCACGGCCAGGUUGUGGCGCGCUUCCGCCGUUUUUGCGCCGGCGGAGGAGUAUUCGGAGCACUCUUCGCGAAGGACUAAGCGCCAGUAUCCAGAAGAUACAGGCGUUCCUAGUGUGGAAUUCUUCCCUCAACCCCAGCCUACACAUGAAACGGAGGGUUAUGUGUGGCUUACUUCCUACUCCAGGAUACCGGAUUCCAAAAACUGCUUUAUUGGCGAAAGGAAUUCUACAAACCGUUGAUGUACUUUCCCCUGCUGAGCCAUCUAAACAUCGGAAUGGAGCAAUAAGAUUCCAUGUUCGCUAUCAAGUUCAUUAGUCAGCAAUCAAUUAUGUUAUAACGACUUGCGAGAUAUCUCUUAUAUUUGUAAAUGUUUACCAUAUUUUAACAAUUAAGAAAUAUAAAUGAAUGGUUAUUUUAAGAUAUUUUU